GCUGCAGCGUCUUCACAGCGACUCGACCUGCUCCUCUCGCCUCCAACUGCCAGAGACGACUCGCCCCCCGCCUCGACAAGCUCCAUCAGUGCUUCGUUAUCCAGCACCACGCACUCUGCUUCGACUGCGCCCCAUCGCCGUUUUUCUCCAACUGGAACCACCCGCUGCGUCCACGAUCAACACGACGACCGUCAAGCACCAUGUCGAGUAGUAGGGAUCGCCGCGUCAUCAAGGAGCUGCAGGACUUGACAGAAGACAAGGACAACUCUGGCAUCCAUGCCGCUCCCGUCAGCGAGUCACUCACUCACCUCCAAGGCUGGUUCUAUGGCCCCGGAGACACGCCGUAUGCGGGUGGCAAAUACUUUAUCCAGAUUAUACUCGACGGCCAAUAUCCAUUCAAGCCUCCGCAGAUGCAGUUUGAAACCAAAAUCUGGCAUCCAAACGUUUCCAGCCAGACGGGCGCAAUUUGUCUUGACAUCCUCAAAACAAACUGGUCCCCUGUUCAGACUAUAAAAACGGCGCUGCUUUCUAUUCGAAUGCUGCUCGAAAAUCCCAACCCGUCGGAUCCGCAGGACGCCGAAGUUGCCAACAUGUUAUUGCACGAACCCGAUGUUUUCGUUGUCAUGGCUCACGACUGGGCUGUCAGAUUUGCAGGCGCUCCCCAGCAGCCGCAACUAAAUACAGCGAGAUUUAACGGUUUGGCUAGGGUACAACCCCGAGGUGAAGAUGAGCGCCGGUAUCUCGGAUACAACCGAGCGUUGAUUGAAAGGUUCACAAGUAUGGGCUUUGAAGUUGAUAGAGUCGCGGAAACAUUAGUCUAUUUUGGCAUUGAUCGCAACAAUGGCAGAGAUUACCACUUGACAGAGGGCCAAGUAGGUGAUAUUACUGCGCGGCUACUUGGCGAGCAGUAACCGCGCUUGACCGGCCUCACUUAUUGAGACAGUGAGAUGGCGACUAUUGGCUGGAGUUUUAUUCAAACUGAUGCUUGAACUUUGAUUAUGUAUUUGCUUUUUCUUUCUUCUUUUUCCUUUCCGUCCUUUUUUUUUUUUUUUUUGGGUGUCAUAAUCCAUAUCCUGGGGCUACUCCUUUACCUUGAGACUCCUGGUUUGCGAAGCAUGUCAGCAGCCAGGCAGCUUGAAAUCUCCAAGAGGUGUUUGGUUUUGAGGAGUCAGCGUGAGUACCUCUAAGAAGUGCAUUCUAUCGGGUAUAUCGUUUACAAAAUUGGAGUUAUGCGGUCCGGAUUAGCAUAUUACACUUCGAUAAAGCGUCUGAUACUUUUAGUUAUACUUGAUUCUUUGAAUUACCAUAUUUUUGAA